GAAUGUGUGAGGAAACCGGAGUACCCGGAGAAACCCCACGCAUGCACGGGAGAACAUGCAAACUCCACACAGAGAUGGCCGAGGGUGGGGAAAGACAAAAUAAGAAGCCAAAAAGUUACCACUUCCACACAAGAUAGGAGGAGAACACAUUCAUUCAUUCAUUUUCAACUGAUUAUCCUCACAAGGGUCGCAGGGGGUGCUGGAGCCUAUCCCAGCUGUCUUCGGGCGAGACUGGUGGCCAGCCAAUCACAGGGCACAUAUAGACAAACAACCAUUCACACUCACAUUCAUACCUAUGGACAAUUUGGAGUCGCUAAUUAACCUAGCAUGUUUUUGGAAUGUGGGAGGAAACCGGAGUACCCGUAGAAAACCCACGCAUGCACGGGGAGAACAUGCAAACUCCACACAGAGAUGGCCGAGGGUGGAAUCGAACCCUGGUCCUCCUAGCUGUGACCAUAAAUAAAAACACUAGACUAAAGUGAUAUAUGCUAAUUUCAAACCUUACACAAAUGUUUUCCACAUAACAGCGAGGACAUGAAUCAUUUUAACAGAGUGAUGUACCUUUAUCAUGAAUAUACUGUACAUAUAUUUUCUACAUAAAGUGCAAAUCUGGCACAAAACUACAAAAUAAAAGCAUAUACACGUCAUAGAAACAUAACACACAACUCAAAAAAUGGAUUCAAUAUGAUAAACAUUUCAUAUUAGUUUCUGCAACCAUCUCUGACUGUAUUGACCCCAAUAUAAGACCACCCUAAAUGUUCUUCAAUAUAUCAAUAAUUGGUGUGUGUGUGUGUGUGUGUGUGUGUGUGAGUGACAGGAAGAAAAGCUCUGACUUGCUUUUGCAUUUUUAAAUCCCAGUCUUUUCAGACUUUUUUUCCUAGGGCAGUGAUUUUCAACCACACUAGUGUACCUUGAGAAAAUCCAAUAUCACUUUUUAGAAUUAACAUUUAUAAAUCAUCAUUUGCAAAUAUUAUGUCAAUAGCCAUUAUGUCAAUAAUAUACAUGGACCCAAAUAUUCCAAUUGUAUUUGGUUUAUUUGCUUAAACGGAAUUGAAGAAUUGAACAGGGAUGGAAUAUUCCUUUAACCAAUUCGAUUGAGGUAUCUUGUACCCGCUCAAACGGAAAGUUGUCAGACUGCGUUCUUCUUCGUGGUGUUUUUCUUCUUCUGUUGUUUAUUAGCGGUUGGCAAGCAGCUUUUGUGUGCAUUAGCGCCAUCUGUGGAACAGAAUCUAAACCCUUCUAUACGCCAUUCACAAGUGCAGUUUUAUUAAAAAAAGAAAAUAUAUAUCUAUAUAAAAAAUUAUUUUUUUCAGAUUAAAAUGAACAAAGCAUUAUUAGAACCCUGUAGACAUGACAAAACACGACUAUAGUCACAUUUAUACUCUUUUUAUUUACAACAUAUUGCGCAACUGCAGGGUCUUGAGACACAUGCUAACUCGCAAACUAGAGAGCUAGCGACCUAAACGGUAGCCUUCAAGUUAUUUCCUUUAAACUUAAAUAGCCGUAAACUUACCACUUCCACACGCAUAGGGAGGAUAACUAUUAACAGUUAUUUAACCUUUAACAUGAACAUUAACGAAAAACUGGCAAUACGGAGUUAUUCCAACAAGUGAAAGAAAAACUUGAAAAAAAGUCAGUAUCACGUGAUUUAUGUUUUACUGGGCAUGCCCUGUUGACUAUUCUGUUUGAUUUUCACGGCGCAUGUAAACAAGAGAUUGGAAUAUUCCUUUCCAUGGAUACUAUUGUUUCCCGAAAGGUCAUUCGGAAAGAGAAAAACUCGUCAUGCUACUGUCGAGUGUCUGUGGUGUCAAGACUAGCAUAGCAAUGUAAUAUUGGUCUGUGUGGCAACACCUGCCUUGUUCCUCCGAUAGACUUUUUAAUGCACGUGUGAGGUCGUGGUGACAUUUUGUAACAUUUUUGGUUAGCAAGAUUUUUCCAAUAAUUUUUUUUUUGUGUCUCAAAAAAGGUUUAAAAUCACCGUCCUAGGGAAUGGUAUUAUAUUUGGGGUCUUUACAGUAUACAUCAAAACAGUGCAUAGAAAAUCAGACUGCAGCUUGUGGCUCGCUUGUACUUGUUUCUUAAUAUAAGACCUAGGUAUCAAACAUCUGUUACAGUCAUGAAUAUGUAUUUCACUAACAACAAAAAAAUUACAGAAAAAGUGACAAUAAUGGUAAAAAUAUAUUGACUGGAAUAUGGGUAGGAAUGUACCGUACGUGUGUCAUGGCGGCGUUCUAUUAAUGACACUACCAUGCUUAUUACUGAGGGACUUUCUGAGGCAGCAAGUGUGAGAAAAGAAGAAGAUAUAAAAAAAAAAAAGAAAAGCUUUUUUCGAGUGCUUAGCGGAAAUACAAGGCCUCUUUUAGUCUCCAUGUUGCUACAUUCUACUUUAGUCACAUUCCCUUUUUUUUUUUUUACAGCGUGUUCAAUUGAAAGCAAAAAAAAAAGUCCCAGUACAAGGCGUGUUUUUUUCCGAAACGCGACUACAGAAAGCUGUCCUCUACCUCAGGCGUCCCCGAGGAAGCCAGCAGAGCGUCUCUCUCGCUGAUGCCCUCCAGGCGCUCCUCUUCUGGAAGGGUGUCGGCAGUAUCCUGGGAUGAGGAGUCAGUCUCUUCCAGCUCCAGAACCACAGAGCUGCCGACGACAACCAGAAGGCUCCCAGCAGGUUGACGAUGUUGAGGUGAGGUCCAAGGUGACUCAUGAUCUUCAGCUCUGACAUCAACGCUUGAGUUUCACUCCUCCUGGCCGUUGCUGGAUGAAGACACAGACAUCUUCACUGCCACUUUUGUACUGGACUGGGAAUGAGCCAGACCGUACGCCGUUGCUUCAACCACUCUCCCAAAGGCUCCUGAUCCGAGGGUACGACCUGAAACGCAACAAAGGCUCAAUACUACCAAGAACAACAUAAGGACUCACCCAGCACCAAGCUGUCUCGGGGCAUCUCCCAGGUGAGGUCAUAGGGCAGGUGGAUGGGGUCCACGUAGAUGUACUCGUGACCGUCCUGGCUCACUGACUCGAUCACCUUCCAUCGGAUCUCAUAGCGAGGUUUCUGACAAACGCGACACGUUACGUGCUGUGGCGUAUGACCUCUAUACAGGAAGUGCUCGAGGUUGGCAUCUUACCUUCCUCCAUAUGGCAAUAAGGAUGAUGAUGGACAGGAUGAUGAUGACGACCAAGGCCAGAACCGCAGCCAAUACUGCCACCUGGGAGAAGAGUGCUGCAACAGGCAAAACCUACUGCUGGACACCAGUUUGACGUCUCUUCUGUCCACCGUCCCCGCCCGGUUUCUGGUCUCACAGCGCACCGUGACCUGCUGCGGCUUGUGGAAGGUCAAGCGACUCAGCACCUGGUUGGUUUUGCGGCUCUCGCUGUAGGUGACGUUGGUGUGGAUGCUCAGCACGUCUUCAUCCGGUACCAGCGGUUGCCAUAUUGCAGUCUUGUUGCCGCACCUGUGGCGAGAUGGGAGUUAAUGGAUGUGCUUUCAUUUUAUGGUAAGCGGAAUGCCGAAGCGUUGGGUGGCUUACUGGAGCAUGCUGUCACAGCUGUACCACUGAAUGGACGGGGGUGGGACGCCCUCGGCCACGCAGGUCACCAGGUGUCUCUUCUCGGGGAGGUGGUGGUCAGUCAGAUCUUUAAUGUGAGCGGGAACUAGACAGUACAAAAAAUGCAGUUUUUGUACACUAAUGUAGAGAAACAAGCUGACAAAAGUCAAUAUUUCCCUCAAUCGUCACUUCCUGUCAUUGUAAUAGCUAAGUGUCCUAAUACUUUUGUCCAUAAUUGUUUUUUAAAGACUCUAACCUUGGACUUCCAGGUCAAAGGUCACCUCCUUAGUGUCAUCUCCAUUGGUGACGUGUGCGGUGUAGCGGCCCCUCUGAUCCGCCCUCACUCGCACCAACGUGAGGAUGCUGACAUACCUGAGAGGAAGAAUGAAUUAUGAUUUAAAGUGAUACUCAGCGACCGCCCUCGCAGCUAGCAGGUGUGUGUGUAUUGGGUUUUUACACACCGCUGUUCUAAUUAAGCCACGGUUCUUCCGCGUGACGCGUACUUGCACAAACGUGUGCUGCGUGGACGCUACAUCAGAAGUUAUCAGAUGGAUACACUAUGUUGGAUCUGCAGGAAAGACUCUGUGACAAAACUCGGAAGACGUGGAUAAUGCAGUAAGACGCUUCGAUUUGUGAGUGUACGGAACAUGUCGGACAUCAUGCAGCUCCACUCCGUGACGCUAGCAGCACCCUGGCCGCCACGAGCGAAAACAAGAAGAGUUGCCGGGAAUAAAGACGGAAAAUGCUCCAGGAAGUCUAAGCGGUUCACUUGAGGGGAAAAAAAGCUGCCGGUAUCCGGGAUGUACCCCAACUCCCAGCCGGCCAGACACCCGGCCCAGGCGCUGCCCAUCAACGGCCAGUUCAUGGCGCCCUCGUAUGACUUUGCCGCUUACCAUCACAUGCCGCCGGUCGCCGACCCGUCGGGAAGUGCCUGGAACAGCCUUUACCGUGAGGAUUACUCCUACAGCUUCCCAGGUCCCGGACCCGCCGCCGGGCAGGUGAACUUCGCCGCCGCCGAGCUCAGCGGCACGCCCACUGCCACUGGAGGAGGAGGGGGAGGAGGAGGAGGCCUCACCCCCUACAACCUUUUCUCCAGUCAGGACCCCUUCUGCUCCCGGAGGAGACCCCUGGAGCAUGUCAAGCCUUCCGCACCGCCGGGCGGGAAGACUCGUACCAAGGACAAGUACAGAGUGGUGUACACGGACCACCAGCGCCAGGAGUUGGAGACGGAGUUUCAGUUCAAUCGCUACAUCACAAUGAGGCGCAAGUCUGAACUCUCCGUGGCGCUGAGCCUCUCCGAAAGACAGGUGAAGAUCUGGUUUCAGAACCGACGCGCCAAAGAACGGAAGAUAAACAGGAAGAAGCUCCAGGAUUCCCAGCAGCCCUCCACGUCCAGCACCACCCCGCCCGUCCCCACCGGAUCCACCGACGGCCACAACGCAACCAGCCCCGGUAGCCACAUUCUCUCCAAUGCCAUAUCAGAAUACAAAAUGGAGUUCAUAUAACAGGGAGGAAGUAUCUGUCAGCAUUUCACAAUAAGGGCAUUAGUCUGAAAUGAACUAUUUCUGACAACUUUUAAUCUGUGAAUGUAUGAAGGUACUGAAUAAUUAAUCGAGAAAUGGUUUGCGAAAGAACAAGAAUAUUGAGUAGUUAGGAUUUGUAUAUAAAUUACGAUAUUUUCAUGUGUAUGAAAAUGCGAAUAUGUGACGUUUUCACUUUUUUUUUUUUUCCAGUUUAUUAUGCUCAAAAAUGUAACUUAAUGUGAAUUGCACUUCCAGGUAAGAGUACAGGGUCUCGUUAUAUUACAAACUGAACACAUACUCGUGUAUAAGCGAGUAAAAUACUAUUUUUAGAUACUUGAAAGUGAUACUUUUUAGAGAAAUUUCCUAAGAAAAGACAACCAAAGCGAUGCAGAAAAUGUCGUGUUAAAGCCCCCUCAAAAAAACACAACAUCAGCACAAUUUUUAUAUUUUGCUCAGUAACAUGACAAUUUUUAUUUUAAUUUUUUUGUUUUUUUUUUGUUUUUUGCGGGUGUGAAUUUAUCUAAGAUGACAUGAAGGCGGAAAACAUGGAGAAGUAUAAAACACGCAGACAGCAGCCACAUCCUGACUAGCAAGCUGCCCAUUGCUCAAUAGCUUGACUCAUGAACCGCUGCCCUUUACACCUCCACCCACACACACGCACACACACACACACACACACACACACACACACAGAAUUCUCGAUUCAGCAGCUGCAGGAUUUUACGAAAAAAAAAAAAAAAAAAACACAAGUCACUGCCCCUCAAGCGUUUAUUGAAGGAACGCUAGCUUGUUUACAAAGUUACUAUACACGGACCAUCACCACAAACUUCCAUCCAGCGUCAUCUUUCCGUUCAAAAAGAGGAAGAUGGACGUUUAAAAACUUUGCACCCGCAUCUGUCCGUCUAUCUUCUCCAUUCGACUUAUCAAAAAAAAAGGGUUUACACGUUGAAAUGUUUUGCUUUUGUUAAUAAAAUGAGUUUCCCCCGAGCAGUCAUGGAGACAAUCAUUGCUGCCGUGUGUUUUGGAGGUUUAGUUAUGUCGGCGGUACAUCGA